UCGUAAACUGUCGACUCCAGAUCUGAUCGCUCGCUGAAAGAGAACUCAAGUUUGAGGAGCUCUCCGACAAAAAAAUAUAUGCAAGCAAAUUGCAGUUCUAGACUGUAGGCAUAUUUGAAAGUUUGCGCAAUCUGUUUAACAUUUAAAAGGUUUACAUUAUUCAUUUCUCAUCAAACAUACGAGGGUGUCUCCUGCAUUUGAGACAAACACCCUGAAAAAAGAUUGUCACUCGCUAAACCGUUUUGAAAGUUAAGUUCGAGAUCUUUUAUAAACUUAAGAUUUCAGCGGACUGGUAGAACCUACCUUUACAAAACAACAGCAACAUGGCAGACACGGAAAUCGGGAUGAAAGAUGGAGGAGAUGUGAGAUCUGAGAAAACAUUCUGUCAGAAGUUCACCGAAUUCCUCUUCAAGAACCUCCUUCUUAUCCUCAUGAUCCUAUCCCUAAUUCUCGGAUGUUGUGUUGGUUUUGGGAUCAAGCUCGGAUCGGAUCGCGAUUUCACUUCGGACGAGAUCAAAUAUAUCAGCUUUCCAGGGACAAUCUUUCUCAACAUGCUCAAGGUGAUGAUCAUCCCACUGGUCGUCACCAGUUUGAUCGCCGGUAUGGCGUCGCUUGACAGGCAAGCCUCGGGCAAGCUGGGUCUCCGAGCCGUCCUCUACUACUUUACGACCACUUUUAUCGCAGUCAUCCUCGGGAUCAUCCUCGUGAUGACCAUUCGACCAGGGGCUCGAGGAAGCAAGGACGACAUCGACUCCUCAGGCGACGUCGAAAGUGUCAAUACGGCUGAUGCCUUCCUCGAUCUCCUGCGAAUGAUGUUCCCGCCAAAUAUCAUCGAGGCAACAUUCAGGACUUACAAGACACGGCAGAUUACAGAGGUUGUCGAAGCGACGAUGAUGCCGAUGAUGACACAGAGCACGGGCAUGAUGACGGACUCGAUGACCACGGACAUGAUGAAUACCACGGGGAUGAUGAACUCGACAACGAUGACGGGUCCCAUCACCAUCGUGUAUUCGAGUGGGGGUUAUGAGUACAAGUCCAAUAUCCUGGGCCUGGUCGUGUUCUCCUGCGUCUUUGGUGCUGUACUCGGGCGUCUUGGUGAGAAGGGGGCGCCCUUCAAAGCCGUGGUCGAGUCCAUCAUGGAAUGCGUCAUGGUCAUCGUCGGCUAUAUCAUCUGGUUAUCCCCCAUUGGAGUGUUCUUCCUGGUCCUUGGUAAGAUCCUCAGUAUGGAUGAUUGGGCCUUGGUCUUCCAACAAAUUGGGAUGUACUCCGCCACUGUCAUCCUGGGUCUGCUCAUCCAUGGGUUUAUUAUUCUACCUCUCCUCUACCUCAUCUUCACCCGUUCCAACCCCUUCACCUUCCUCAAGGGUGUGGCCCCAGCCAUGGUGACGGCCUUUGCCACCGCAUCAAGCUCGGCCACUUUACCCGUAACUAUCACAAGUCUUGAGAACAAUAAUAAGAUUGAUAAAAGAGUUACUCGUUUCGUACUUCCCAUUGGUGCAACCAUUAACAUGGACGGAACAGCUCUGUACGAAGCCGUGGCAGCCAUCUUCAUUGCCCAGGUCAACGACUACAGCCUCGACGCCGUCGACGUCAUCGUCAUCAGUAUCACAGCUACCCUUGCUAGUGUCGGGGCAGCAGGCGUGCCACAAGCCGGUCUCGUAACCUUAGUAAUCGUCCUCAACGCAGUGGGUCUACCAGCCGAUGACAUCACUCUUAUCCUCGUCAUUGAUUGGUUCCUGGACCGUGUCCGUACCACAGUCAACGUAGAGGGCGACUCGUUCGGUUGCGGCAUAAUUUACAAGUUCACCAAACCUGACUUUGACCGCAUCGACCAAGAGAAUAUGGAGAAAGCAUUGACGAACGGUUACCACCACGAGAAGAAAACCCCUAUUGAUAUGCUGGAUGGUAACAUCUCUGGAGACGACACACGCUUGUAAACCGACAUCGACUUCGAUUUCGAAGACCAAUUGGUGGUAAACGAUCCACUUGUUUAGUUUCGUAGGCCUUCUUUGAAAACGCAAUGCAUUUCAGAAUGCUCUAGUUACGUGGGCGGAAAUCCCAGGGGGGGGGGAGGACGCGUCCCCCUACCCAAAUAGUAGGGGGACACAAUA